AUGACGAAGGGCAAGGCUUGCGAGCUUUGUAAUCAGCAAGCGUCUCUCUAUUGUCCCUCGGAUUCCGCAUUUCUCUGUUCCGAUUGUGACGCCGACGUGCACUCCGCCAACUUCCUCGUCGCUCGCCACUUCCGCCGACGCCUCUGCUCCAAAUGCAACCGUUUUACCGGAAUCUACAUCUCCGGCGCCACCACGCUCCCAUCCACAUGCGCCUCUUGCUCGCCGGAAAAUCCUCCUUCCGAUGACGGCGAUUCUCUCCCUUCCUCUUCCACCUGCGUCUCAAGUUCGGAGUCCUGUGCCACUAAGAAGAUUGAGGCGACACGCACGGCGGCAGGGAAGAAGAGGAGGAGUUUUUUUAGUUCUGUCACCGACGAUGCGUCUCAGGAAGCGAAGAGACGACGGAUGAAUGUCGGAUCGGUGGAAGAUGAGGAGGUAUUUGAAAAGUGGAGCAGAGAGAUAGGGUUAGGGUUAGGUGAGAACGGUAACCGCGUGGCGUCGCACGCUCUGAGAGUAUGCCUGGGAAAGUGGAAUUCCCUUCCGUUCAAGGUGGCUGCGGCGACGUCGUUUUGGCUGGGCCUGAGAUUUUGUGGGGACAGAAGUCUCGCCAGGUGGCAGAAUCUGGCGAGGUUGGAGACCGUCUCCGGAGUGCCAGCUAAGCUGAUUCUGGCCGCACAUGCGAACCUCGCACGCGCCUUCUCGCAGCGCCGCGAAUUGCACGAGGGAUGGGGCGAGUCCUAG